AUGAUACAUUCAGAAGAACAGCUAGAUGCCAAAGUGUCUGCUAGCGAGCAAAUGGCCGUAAAAAUUGCGCAGGAGAUAAGCAUGCAGUUUGCAGGGCUACACACGAAGUUGGAGGGCAUGCUGAACGAAAGAGAAGAAAAGGAGCAGAAAAGGAUGGACCGCUUGCUGGUCACGGUGUCAGAGCAGCUGAACAGAAACGUGGCGGCUCUGUUCGAGACCAUAAUACAGAGAGAGGUGCGGGGGCCGCUGCAGCAGAAAAUAGAAAAGGCGCUAGGGACAAAAAUAGACCAGAAAAUGGGGAACAUUCCGAACGUGUGCACGUCUGCAAUCCAGUCGAGCAUAGAGGGCAAGGCGCUGCAGAACUUCAUAGGCCGGACCCUGAAAAGCGCCAUUGUGGAGGGGAUUGUGCCUGUUAUUGAGAACGGAAUGAACGAAAUCCGCCUGCAGGUGCUGGACAGAAUCAAGACAAUGCCGAUAUCCAUGGAGAGCGUGGACGACGCAGCCUCGGAGAGCAAAGACGAGACGCUCGAUCGAAUUGCAGACGCGCUGCACGAGUACAACCACAUCGAGGAGGGGCCGUUUGACAUAAUUACGCAUCUGCUCGAAACAGACAUAGAGGAGUGUUUUGCGUAUGUGAUAGAGUCCAACGACCCAGAGGCGUUCAUGUUCCUCCUAAACAAGCUGCCGCCAGACGCAGAGAUCAAUCUGAACAACAGAAUGCUCAUGCUGUUCAUACAGCAGAUAGUUUCCUUUGUGGGAAGCGGAUGGAAAACCGAGCCCUACCGAAGCAAGUACACGAGCCUGCUGGAAAAUGCGCUGUCUCACAUAAAAAAGGAGAGGCUUUCUGGCGGAGACAUAAACACGCUCCGAAACACCAUGCUGCAGCUGCUUACGGGCUGCCCAGACUUUGGCGAAACAAAGAGCGAGCAGUUUAUACUGGACAUAAUGCACACAAUGGGGCUGUACUAG